AUCAACAUUUAUUGCUUUCAAAAAAGUGUUUAUCUGUUUUUUUCUUGUUCUUUAAUACAUCUGCAGUGCCCCGGAGGUGAGGUGGCAUCUCUCCACAUACAGUAUAGAAGUGAGCACGCAGGAUUUCGGCUUUUGGCUAAUUAUAGACCGCUUUUUGGUCAGUUUGUAUAUCAUUUAAAUAUAUAACACAAUAAAGACUUAUUAAUUACAAAUGUUUCCUCAUGGUGGCAAUAUGCUUUCUAAUAAAAAAAACAAGAUUUAUACAUCUUAAAUGUUUUUUCCCCCACAGGCUCAGGAGAAUUACAAAUUGCUCAGAGAAACCUUUACACAAAAAAGAAGAAUGAAAAAGCCAAAGUGGAGCUGCAGCUCAACCCGAGGGAGGGGGGAGGAGGGUAUUCACUGUCUACAUCUGACGUCAAUCUUUCUACAAAGAUAAGCCGUGUGGCUUAAUAUGAAAUAUAAUGUUCGCAUUUAUAGGACGAGUUAUGGAGCUCCAGCCUCCUCGUGCAGCUGCGAGCACACAGCAGGGGGACACAGGCACGCUGAACUCUGAGCGCGCACGGAGCCUCGCGCCGCUGGAGGCAUGCAGGGCGCGCUGCAAUAGUUGUGCUGCGGUCGGAUACACGCAGGAAGACACCAUGGGCAUGGCAAGUGAGGAUCUGCUGGUGACCCUCCAGAUACUGCCCGGCUUCUUCUCCAACUGUCUGUUCCUCGCGCUCUAUGACUCCGUGGUGCUGGUGAAGCGCGCGGUGUCGCUGCUCAGCUGCUCGCGCCCCGCGGGCUCCGGAGAGCGGCCCCGCAUGCUGACCUCCGCGGGGCUGCGCUCCAUCUGGAACAGCUUCCUGCUGGACGCAUACAAACAGGUGAAACUUGGCUGCGAGGCACCCAACUCCAAAGUGGUGAAGGUGCCGGAUGGCCUCGGGGGGGGCAGCAGUCUCAGUGAUAAGGCAGAUGUGCCGCCUGGUGCCAUGACUGGAACCAGAGAUGAGUGCAACCUUCUGGAUUUUGAGUCGUCAGAUCGCCCUCUGGUGGUCAACUUUGGCUCAGCCACCUGACCCCCCUUCAUCAGCCACCUGCCAGCUUUCCGCCAGUUGGUGGAGGACUUCAGUGAGGUAGCUGACUUCCUGUUAGUGUACAUUGAUGAGGCUCACCCGUCUGAUGGUUGGGUGGCCCCUCCUAUGGGCUCCUGCGCGUUCAAUAUCCAAAAACACCAGAACCUGGAGGAGCGGCUGGGGGCCGCACGCAAACUUAUCGAGCACUUUUCCCUGCCCCCCCAGUGUCAGCUGGUGGCAGACUGCAUGGACAACAAUGCUAAUGUGGCUUAUGGUGUGUCCAAUGAGAGGGUUUGUAUUGUGCAACAGAGAAAGAUUGCCUACCUUGGCGGUAAGGGUCCUUUUUUUUACAAUCUAAAGGAUGUGAAGCACUGGCUGGAACAGAGCUAUGGUAAACGGUAGGAGUCAUCAGACAUGUACAGAGGACAUAUUUCCAUAAGAGACCAGUACGUUUUGUAGACUAAUAAAGACCAAAUUAAAAAGUGUAUUAUUGUGAUAUCAUCUGCAACAAAGCUGUAAUUAAUUCAGUUACAGAAUUGUGGCUUACUUUUGAAAUCAGUCCAACUUUUUGCACAGCCGUCCACUUAAACUGGGAUGAACACACACACAUUUACUAAAAAGUCACAUAAACUAGGCAAUACGUUGAUUCGGGGCAAUGUAUUAUGGCAGUAUGUGAUUCAUCUGUAUUUCUGCUCGCCUUUGCUUCUAAAAUCCUAUUUGAAGUGAUUUCUGUUUAAAAAAAUAAAGGGCAGAAAUCUCAAGUUACCCGUUUUUAUCAAAUUGGAGUUUAUACUAUUGAUUGGAGAUUUGAUGUUUGUAUUCACUGUCAACAACUUCAUUGAAUGUUUUAGGUUUAUUUACCCCACUUCCUCUAAGGAUAAAUGUUCAUAAAUAGAUACUGCCCAUUGUUGACUAUCGAACAGCUCUGUAGUGUCCCCAACCCCUAACAAGGGUUUGUGUUUACUCUGUUGAAUCAGAGUAGAUUCCAUGUGGCUUUUUUGACACUGAUCCACACAAAUAGAACAGUUGAAAAAAAUGAAUACCCAUUAGCAUUACUAAUCAGCGGUGAAUAAUAUAAGAAAUGCAUCAACUCUAAUAAAAAACUGACAU